AUGUCCUUCCAAGUCCCCUACGAGUCCAGUCCGCCUGGGACACCAGACAAAGAUCGCUCUCGCAGCCUCUGGAGUAAUAUAUCGACAACUCCUGCCGGCCCGCCGCCCUCCACUGUAGGAUCAUUCGCGCAACCUACUUCCAACAUCAAUGGAGGCUCGCGCAUCAACUCCUUUUCCCGAAACGAGAACUCAUUUUCCACAAAUCAAAAUUCGUUUUCAAGGAACAACGAAUUCAACAACUCCGUCUUUACCAAGUCCGGCAACAUCAACACAAAUGACAGCAUUUUUGGAUCGUCCUUUGGGUCGACCGAUUACUCCAUGCCCAAACAGACCAAAGCACCCUCCUCCAAACCCUUAGGAAAAUCCAGUCUUCGUUUUGGUACGACAAACGAGAGCACAUUUGGCGAUUCGUUGAAUUUCGGCCAGUCCAAUGGGUUUGGAGUGUCGCAAAUGUCGGAUUACCAUGACGAGGACGAGAUGGAGCAGGGAAAACACCCCGAGGAAGACCAACUAGAAGAGGAAGAGAUGGAAGAAGAUCAAGAGGAAGAGACCGAGGAAAUGGACACAAGCAUGCAGGACCCGUCUAAGAAAUUCAACUUUUUGGAUUCAGCUUUCGGCAACCCCUUCCAAUCCGAGCCGUCCCUCGGUGCCCACCGCAAGCCCAUCUACACAAACCCAAGCGAUGCAAAGCGACCUAAGCUCGACGAACACUGGAGCAGCAAGUCUCCGAUUCGCAAAAACCUCAAACCCAAGAAGUCGUCCGCGAUGCCUUCCAUUCUACACACCUUCGCUUCCCGCUCGCGCAUUCCCGCUGUUCACGAGACUAGCGAACUCAUUCUAAGCACGGAGGACUCUCUCGGAAAGCUCUCCGAUGAGCUCAAGGCUGCGGAGUUCAGACAUGUCGAUUUCGAUGCUGUCCUGGCCAAUGUCUCUAAGGAAUUGGUCGAGACCUGGCAAGCCGCUGCCGACGAGAUUGGGAGUGACCGGCCUCACGGAGCCCAUACUGGUAUUGGGCCCGCGCCGCAAGCUCCCGAUCUCGUGAAAGCAACUUUCCUAGCCUCACUUCUUCUCCAGAUCCACCACCCUCCUCGUGAAGUUCCUUCUGUCGCAGGAAUCAACCCCAUGCGCACCGCUGGCUUGGUGAAAGCUGUGGGGCGACCUGCUGUCCCGAAGACACUGCCACGGGUGUUGCUGGAAUGGCUCAGUGAUAACCACGCAUCGCAAAAGAAGGAUCUCCAAGCACUGAAAUAUGUGGAACCCAACCCGACAGCGUCUACAAAUUUCUGGGACAUCAUCAUUGCAUCCGUUCUGCGCGGCCGCUUGAGCGAUGCAGCCGAGGUUCUCCGUUCGGCGGAUUUCAACUACGCCCGAUCUGCACUGGAAGAUGGACUUCCGCAGCCAGGCUACCGUGGUGCGCAGUUGCAGAACAUCCAGCGCUGUGUCAACAAGGCACUUCAGAUUCUCGAAUCAUGCCCUUCUGCCCAGUCCGACGAUUGGGAGGUUACUGGCAACGAGUGGUCCCAGUACCGCAAGCGCGUUCUUUCUGCCGUCAAUGACCUGGAAGACUUUGCCGAGGGAGAAGAGCGCGAUGAAUCGAUUGUCCCUGUCAAGGAAAACCGUUUCCAGGCCGUCAAUUUUGGCAUGUCCACUUUCAACCAAAACUUCAACCCGAACCCGGUUUCAUUCGCCCAGUCUGCUCGCAUGGCUGAAAGCCGCGUUCCGUGGUCAAUUUACCAAAGCUUGAGAUCUAUUUACCGAAUCAUUCUCGGCGACCCGUCCGCUAUCAAGGGUAAGUCUCAGGAUUGGGUCGAAGCCACAAUUACUUUGACAGCGUGGUGGGACGGCGAGGACGAUGGAGCGGGGUUGGACUUUGGCGCCAGCGAAGGCGAUCAUUUCCAAGAUUUCUUGCGCUCGCGUGGGCCCAAGAACCAGGUUCGCGCUGUUGAUCGUAACAUGCGUGAGGCCUAUCUCAAUCGCCUUGAACAAGCUCUCAGCCACACUACUACAGAUGCCUCCGAUAGCGCGGAUUUCCGUCCCAAUACCAUGAACAGUGUGGAAGUUGGUCUCGCAUCUGUCUUCGAAGGCAAUGUACAGGGUGUUCUGGAAUUGGUGCAGACUUGGUCUCUGUGUCUGGCUGCUGCUGUCGCAGAAAUUGCUAGUCAGGGUGGUUGGUUUGAGUCUGGGGCAACGCAGAAGCAGCAACCUGGUUUAUCCGAGAUCGAUCUCAUGGUUCUCUCCUAUGGACAGGAUCCUAAAUCCUCCACAACCUUGCGGAAGGAUGACAUCCUCCGCAACUAUGCUUUUGGACUUUAUGACCUGGACGUCAUUCAGGAUCAGAACGGCUCACGGGAGGGCUGGGAAUUGUCGCUUGAGGUUUUGAACCGCUUUGACGAUGCACGCGAGAUGAAGAAGGCUGUCUCCGAAAUCGUGGAUAAACUUCCUUUGGAAACCCCCGAGCAGUUGGACCGACUGGUUGUUCUCUGCUCGGAACUUGAGUUGGAUGACCAAGGACGUAGAGUCUCUGAGCGAUUCGGCGACAUGUUGACCUCGAAAUCCGAGAAUUUCGGUUUGGCCCUAGUGUGCUACGCCCGCGCCCAGAACCGCCGCAAGGUGAAAUCAGUUGUCGACCUUUUGAUUUCCUAUAGCUUGGUCCAAUCCCGCGCGUAUCCUGCCACAGCCGACCUCGAUGAACAACUCCGUUCCCUCAUGAAAGAACCGAAGGCAUGUCUCUCCUCGAUCGCCCAAAUCGACGAGGAAGCCGCCCGCAUUCUCCAGUUCUACCUCAGUGGCUACGCGACCCUCCGCCGCUUCUACGAGAUUCGCGACGAAGAGUUCGAGCUAGAAGAAGGCCAGCAGCCACGCUACAAGCCCCUGGCCCGUCGUCGCGCUGCUGCCCAAGCCCUCGCCGCCGUCAUCGGCAGUGCUGCCGAUAACAUUUACGGUGGCCUGUUCGACCCGGACCGCGACUCGGCCGUACAAGUCGAUGGUUUGCUCGCACUGCUUGGCGAAGCACUGGCAUUUGUGAAGCAACCAACGGCCGUCCUAACCGUCUCCCAACAAUUCACCAUCCUCUCCGCAAUUGAAGACCUCGAAACUGUCACCCCUCGCGUCUACGCCCAGUGCGAAGAAUGCUUCCGCUCAACACUCCUAGAAUACCACUCCUCCAUGCGCGGCGAAUCUGACCGCCCCUCACCCCGAUCCCUCCUCAAGAAAUCCGUCAACUUCAACGCAUCCACCUUCUCAAUCAUUGGGAACGAUAUUCUCGAGUCUGCGCGCACGCGCUCAGGCAAUGGAUCUGCGUCUGCCGGCGACUCGGCUGUUAUUGUCAGUGGUGAUGCGGAUCGGGGAUGGGAUUGGCGCGCCGGUUUGGCAGAAGACGCCCGGGGCGAGGACAUUCUGCGAAUGCUGCGCCUUGGAUUGGCUAGAGGGUUAAGUUGUGGUGCGCUUGGUGCAGUUUAG